UGAAUGGCUCCUCUCUAAACCCUAGUUCUCCUUGCCUUACAUCUUUUCAAGCUUUCCUCUCGUUUCCCGCCGUCUCAGAUCUGCAAUGGCCGGAAAGGGAGAAGGUCCUGCGAUCGGUAUCGAUCUCGGCACGACGUACUCGUGCGUCGGUGUCUGGCAACAUGAUCGUGUCGAGAUCAUUGCCAAUGAUCAGGGUAACAGAACGACGCCUUCUUAUGUCGCCUUCACCGACUCCGAGAGGCUCAUCGGUGACGCUGCUAAGAAUCAGGUUGCUAUGAACCCGACGAACACUGUUUUCGAUGCUAAAAGGUUGAUCGGAAGGAGAUUUACUGAUUCCUCCGUGCAGAGCGACAUUAAGUUGUGGCCAUUCAAGGUUAUAUCCGGACCUGGUGACAAGCCCAUGAUUGUUGUGAACUACAAGGGAGAAGAGAAGCAGUUCUCGGCUGAGGAGAUCUCUUCCAUGGUUCUGAUGAAAAUGAAGGAAAUUGCUGAGGCAUACCUUGGUUCGACAGUGAAGAACGCUGUGGUCACUGUCCCUGCAUACUUCAAUGAUUCCCAGCGUCAAGCUACCAAGGAUGCUGGUGUGAUCUCGGGUCUCAAUGUGAUGCGUAUCAUCAAUGAGCCUACAGCUGCAGCUAUUGCUUAUGGACUUGACAAGAAGGCCACCAGUGUCGGCGAGAAGAAUGUUUUGAUCUUCGAUCUUGGCGGUGGUACUUUUGAUGUCUCCCUUUUGACCAUUGAAGAAGGUAUUUUUGAGGUCAAGGCCACUGCUGGUGACACACAUCUUGGAGGCGAAGACUUCGACAACAGAAUGGUCAAUCACUUUGUUCAGGAAUUCAAGAGAAAGAACAAGAAAGACAUCAGCGGCAACCCAAGAGCUCUUCGGAGAUUGAGAACGGCCUGUGAGAGGGCAAAGAGGACUCUCUCCUCAACUGCCCAAACCACCAUUGAGAUCGACUCUCUCUAUGAGGGUAUCGACUUCUACUCCACCAUCACCCGUGCCAGAUUCGAGGAGCUAAACAUGGACUUGUUCCGUAAGUGCAUGGACCCAGUCGAGAAAUGUUUGAGGGAUGCAAAGAUGGACAAGAGCACCAUCCACGACGUCGUCCUUGUUGGUGGCUCCACCAGGAUUCCCAAAGUCCAGCAGCUAUUACAGGACUUCUUCAACGGCAAGGAGCUUUGCAAGAGCAUCAACCCCGAUGAAGCUGUUGCAUAUGGUGCCGCUGUUCAGGCCGCUAUUUUGAGCGGCGAGGGUAACGAGAAGGUCCAGGACCUCCUUCUCCUCGACGUCACUCCCCUCUCCCUUGGUUUGGAAACUGCCGGAGGUGUCAUGACUGUAUUGAUCCCAAGAAACACCACCAUCCCGACCAAGAAGGAACAGGUCUUCUCGACGUACUCUGACAACCAACCCGGAGUCCUCAUCCAGGUCUACGAAGGAGAAAGAACCAGAACCCGUGACAACAACCUGCUCGGAAAAUUUGAACUUUCCGGAAUCCCCCCUGCCCCUAGAGGCGUCCCUCAGAUCACCGUCUGCUUCGACAUCGACGCCAAUGGUAUCCUCAAUGUCUCUGCCGAGGACAAGACCACUGGACAGAAGAACAAGAUCACGAUCACCAAUGACAAGGGCAGACUCUCGAAGGACGAGAUCGAGAAAAUGGUUCAGGAGGCCGAGAAAUACAAGUCCGAGGAUGAGGAGCACAAGAAAAAAGUCGAGGCCAAGAACGCAUUGGAGAACUACGCUUACAACAUGAGGAACACCGUCAAGGACGAGAAGAUCGCCUCCAAGAUCCCCGCAGCUGACAAGACCAAAAUCGAGGAUGCUAUUGAGUCGACCAUCCAGUGGCUUGACGGGAACCAGCUUGCCGAAGCUGAUGAGUUUGAGGACAAGAUGAAGGAGCUGGAAAGCAUUUGCAACCCCAUCAUUGCCAAGAUGUACCAGGGUGCUGGCGGGGAGGUCCCCAUGGAAGACGAUGGUCCGGCUCCGAGCGGUGGCAGCGGCGGGAGUGGUGCCGGGCCCAAGAUCGAGGAGGUCGACUAAGUUUGCAGCGUAACGUAUUAGCUGCAUUUCCUAUUUUACCUUUCUUAUUAUUGUUAUGAUAUGAUUCAUACAGCAACUCUUUAUGGUAUGUCUGUUUUUGUUAUAUUUUGAUGAUACUCUCAAUUCGGUUCAGUUUACCGCUUGUCGGUAAGUUUUAAUUUGCUAUAACUAAGACAGAUAUUAUUUUGUCA